AUGGUGUCACUUAAUCCUAUCAGAAUAUUAAAGAAUGAGGCGGAAGAAGAAAAAGCUGAGAUUGCUCGAAUGUCUAGCUUCAUAGGAGCUAUCGCAAUUGGAGAUCUUGUUAAGAGCACUCUUGGUCCUAAAGGCAUGGAUAAGAUCCUUGUGUCUAGCGGCAGAAAUGCAGGGCAGGUUGAAGUCACAAAUGAUGGUGCUACUAUAUUGAAGUCGAUUGGUAUUGACAACCCUGCGGCUAAAAUCUUAGUUGAUAUGGCCAAAGUACAAGAUGAUGAAGUAGGAGAUGGCACAACAUCAGUCACAGUGUUAGCUGCUGAAUUACUAAGAGAAGCUGAGAAAUUAAUUGAACAGAAACUUCAUCCUCAAACAAUUAUUGCUGGUUGGCGCAUCGCUGUAGAAGCUGCAAGGCAAGCCUUGUCAGAAGCAAGCUUUGAUCAUGAGAAGAGCUUAAAUGAAGCAUCCUUACGUGCAGAUCUAGAAAACAUUGCUCGCACAACAUUAAGCUCUAAAAUACUUUCAAACCAUAAAGAGCAUUUUACAAAAUUAGCCGUUGAUGCAGUACUUCGUCUUAAAGGAUCUGGGAAUCUAAAAGCCAUUCAGAUUAUGAAGAUUGGAGGUGGUCUACUGGAAGAAUCUUUUCUUGACGAAGGUUUCCUUUUGAAUAAAAAGGUUGGAGUACAUCAACCAAAGAGGAUUGAAAAUGCAAAUAUUUUGAUAGCCAACACUCCUAUGGACACGGAUAAAAUUAAAAUUUUUGGAUCCACAAUUAAGGUAGACUCAAUGGCCAAAAUUGCAGAGUUGGAAGUUGCUGAAAAAGAAAAGAUGAAGGAUAAAGUAAAUAAAAUUUUAGCACACAAAUGUAAUGUAUUUAUUAACAGGCAACUUAUUUACAAUUACCCAGAACAGCUAUUUGCUGAUGCUGGUGUGAUGGCUAUUGAGCAUGCUGAUUUUGAUGGCAUAGAGCGCCUUGCCCUUGUGACUGGUGGUGAGAUUGUAUCCACAUUUGAUACACCUGAAAAGGUUAAACUGGGCCAUUGCAAACUUAUUGAGCAGAUUUUGGUUGGUGAUGAGAGUCUGAUUCGGUUUUCUGGUGUUGAACUAGGAUCUGCCUGUACAAUAGUGAUUCGUGGCGCCACACAACAAGUAAUUGAUGAAGCAGAACGAUCACUUCAUGAUGCUUUAUGUGUACUUGCUGCAACUAUAAAGGAGCCAAAAGUCGUUUAUGGUGGUGGUGCAAGUGAAAUGUUAAUGGCCGAAGCAGUUUCCCGCGCAGCGUCACGUACUGCCGGUAAAGAAGCAAUUGCUGCAGAAGCCUUUGCAGUUGCUCUACGUCGUUUGCCUUCAGCUGUAGCAGACAACGCUGGUUACGAUAGUGCUGACCUCAUCGCCAGAUUAAGGGCCCAUCAUGCUCAAGGAGAGAUUACUAUGGGACUUGAGAUGGAGAAAGGAUCGGUAGGCGACAUGAGGAAGUUGGGCAUAACAGAAUCAUAUGUGGUCAAACGUCAAGUGUUGCUGUCAGCCGCCGAAGCAGCAGAAAUGAUAUUACGUGUAGACAAUAUUCUGAAGGCGGCACCUCGUCGCCGUGGUCCAGAUCGUCGGCCGUGCUAA